AUGAAGUCAGAGUGAAGCUGACCUGCUGCCUCACCUGUCUGCACAGAGCAGGUGAGUGUCGACCAAUCAGACGGAGGCUCUGCUGUGAAAUGCAGCCGAACCUGUCGGAGAGAGAGAGGGAGAGACACAUUGAGUCGGAGUGGGAACUCCGCCAGAGAGAGAGGAAGACACACAGAGACGUCCAGACGCUCACAAAUGCUGGUCAGAACACGCUGUGACAUCACUGUGACAUCAUGAGCUCCCCCGGCGCUCACACGGACAGGGCUCCUGUCGGGGCCUUGGGCCCCCCCAACAUCCAGGACAUGGAGCUGAGGGAGGAGUGGCAGGACGACGGAUUCCCCUGGCCUCUCCCAGAGGAUUGUGGGAGUCCAGAGGAGGCAGAGAGUCCGUCAGGUGACAAGAAGCAACCAGCCCCGCCCACCAGCCUCGCCCUAUCAGGAGCCUAUGAGGGCGGGGCUAAGAAGCGCCUGGUGGCCCCAUCGCUCAGCCUCAGUUUGAGCCACGGAGACCGGAGCAACGACGGCUUCUCCGCCGCCGCGCUGUCGGCGACGCCCGAGGAGACGCCGUCGAUGGAGAUCAACUUGGAGGCUCUGGAGACGCCGUCAGGCAGCGAGACGGGGACGCUGCCGGACUUCAACCACGAGCUGGAGUGGGAGGAUGACCUCCCCCGGAUGACGGGGGCUGACGCCGUUGACGGCGAGGUGGCCAGGAGCCCGUUGGAGCAGACGGAGGGUCUGAUGGAGCUGGACCAGGUGGACACCAUGGGGCGCCGCUGGAGGAGGUUCUCCAUCUCUGGACACGAGUUCCACGUCAACAUGAGCGUCCUGGAGCCGUACCUGCAGGUCCUGUCACACGGAGGUUACUAUGGAGACGAGAUGAACGCCGUCGUCCUGUUCACCGCCUGCUACCUGCCGGAGAACACGGUGGAGAACUACGAGUACGUCAUGGACAACCUGUUUAGAUACAUUGUGGGGACCUUGGACCUGAUGGUUUCAGAGAACUACCUGCUGGUCUGCCUCUGUGCCAUGGCUCCCAGAAACAAGCUGCCCUCCAUUAAAUGGCUCCACCAGUGCUACACAUCCAUCGACAGGAGGCUGAAGAAGGACCUGAAGGGGCUGCUGGUCGUCCAUCCUGCCUGGUACAUCAAAGCUCUGCUCACUGUGGUCAAACCCUUCAUCAGUGAGAAGUUCAGCACUAAGAUCCGGUUCAUCAGGACUCUUCAUGAGUUGUCUCAGUUCAUCCCAACAGAGAGACUACAGAUCCCAGACGCAAUACGCCAGUUUGAUGAGACGUUGAACAGAUGACGAUCACAGCGGUCAACAGACUGGACUGUUACUAAAAGGUCAAAGGUCACCAUGAGCCUCUCAUCCUGAUGGCCUUUGACCUCCUGCCUGUACAGAACAAACACAAGACUCUGGGUUUAUUUAUACGGUCUUUAUAUGGGGGGGUAAGUUAAAGCUUCAGACUCAGGUGUUUCUACCUGUGGAGCCUCAGCAGGUGUUCAACACCACGUGUCUGGUUCAGGACUGUAGAACCUGAACCUUGUACAAGCUACUGAAUCAUGUAAACAAUAUAUAGAAGUUAUUCUCGGACUUUAACAGUUUGAUGACAUUGAACAGAUGUUUUACCUGUUACACCAACAUGCACCAGUAACAAAAGCCUCGAUCAAACCUUUUAAAAACUACACUAGACUUGAUUUAUUUUUACAUUUUUACUGUUUUCCUACGUAAACAAUCUGAUCCUGAAGAUGUUUGAUGAAAAAUAAAAAGCACACAACUUUACAUCAUCACCAGUGGACUCCAUGAAUCAGUCUGUAAAAUAUAUAUAAUGAUUAAAAAAUGAAACUGUUUACACAUUAUUUUUAGUCAAUUUCCGUCUUUUUCUUUCUUCCUGUCUUUUAUAAAAGCUUUGUUCAACUCUGCUAAAAGACAUUUGUGUUUUCAGUUUAUGGAUUUACGUGUAUUUUAUAUAUGUAUUUACUAAUACCUUCUUUAUUUUGACACCAAAAUAUUCAGAUUCACAGCGUCCCUAAUGUUCUGAAACACCACAUUAAAGCACAUUAAAAUAUCCUUCAGAAUUAAAUGU